CGACGAGAGUAUGAGCCAGAGCGACAUGGCGACGAUGGCCGUGGCCGAGACCGAGAAGCGCGGGGCUGGGGACGCCGGCGCCGAGGGCCGCGCGGACGUCCGCAUCCACCCCCUCGUGCUCAUGAACCUCUGCGACCACUGGACGCGGGCGCAUGCCGGGGCCAAGCAGGUCAUGGGCGCCCUCUUUGGCAUCCAGAAGGGGCGCAACAUCGAGGUCAUGGACUCGUUCGAGCUGCCGACGCCCGCGGAACUCCAGUCGGCGGACAGCCCGGCGACGCUCAAGACCUUUCUGACGGAGCGCACGGAGCAGUUUGCCAAGGUCUUUCCCGGCUUUGAGUUUCUCGGGUGGUACGCGGUCCAAGACAAGAUCCAGGCCUCCGACUUGGCCACGCACCGCAUGCUCAUGGAGUUUAACGAGAGCCCGCUCUUUCUGGUGCUGGACCCGACGCCGCCGCCGGCUACCAAGGGCGACAACGUCAAGCUCAAGCUGCCGCUCUCGCUCUACGAGUCGGAGCUCCAUAUGCUCAACAACACACCGACGAUGCUCUUUGUCAAGACGCAGUUCAAAGUGCACACGACCGAGUCGGAGGGGAUUGCGCUCGACCACAUCUCCAAGGUGGCGCCCGGCGGUGCCGCCACCGAGUCGUCCCUGCAUGGCGGUCUGGGCUCGAUGCGCGAUGCAAUCCUCAUGCUUGACAAGCAGCUCGGCGUCCUGCGCGCGUACUUGGAAGCGACGAAGCGAGGUGAUAUCCCCGUGGACCACGCACUGCUUCGCCAAGUCGCGAGCAUUUGCCAGCAGCUCCCUGCGAUGCGCUCGGACCUCUUUGCAUCGACGUUUUCCCAGGAGUACAAUGACACGCUGCUCGUUACGUACUUGGCGACGAUCACAAAGGGCAUUACGUGCACGAACGCGGUGCUCGACAAGUUUGCGAUGACGCAGGACCGGCAGCACCCGCGCGGCCCGAUGCUCUAAAAUGGCGCAUACAACGUACUCCUGCGGUUGC